ACAAGUUUAAUUAGCAGGACACCCUUCCUGUACAGUAUGACAUCUGAAGAAAGGAUUCUCUUGAAAUUCAGCCUCUUAUGUGCAUGUUUCAAUGUGUUUUUACCUUUUAGUUUCUCACUGUUUUGAUGAGUCAGGAUGACAUCAUUUCUCCUCUUACUAACAACUCUUACUAUAUCUCAAUCUUUUCUUUUCUAGCACCCAUCAUGGGUCAGAUACCUGUCCCUCUCAGUGCCACUGUUGGAGGGUCCGUCCUGAUUCCCUGUUCACUACCAGUGAAUUCAACAAGCAUCAAAUGGUUUUACUGGCAGGAGGAUGGGUCUGACAAACUUUUGUUCCACUGGCAUAUCAGUGAGAAAACACAACCAGUAGCUGAUGAAUACAGGAACAGGUGUCAAGUCUUCAAUACUGAGUUUAGUUCUGGAAAUAUUUCUAUUAGACUAAACAAUGUUAGUGUUGGAGAUGACCAGAAAACAUUCUCGGCCAGUGUUCGUUUUGAUUCUACUAAACGGCUUAACCUUCAGUGCAUGUCCUCUUUGCAGGUCUCAGCUGCCUACCAAGAUCUUAACCUGACCAUUAACAACACAUUAAACAGUGCAACCUGUACGGCACAUGGAGGAUACCCUGAACCUGAAGUGAAAUGGACUGGUCAAAACAAAUUCAGCAGUGAACAACUGAAACUGAAGGAUGCUCAGACGUCCCAUCAGCAGCAUCCAACCAAGAAAACUUUCUCUGUCACAAGCACUGUCAGUGUCAAAGAGCUGCAGUCUGUAACCUGCCUCGUGUGUAACCCUCACUCCAAACAGCAGAUUAAGAACACCGCAGUGAUUGAUGCUCCUGGUGAGUGAUACAGAUACAGAUAAAUAAAGAUAAUAAGAUGCUUCCCUGAUGGUAUUGCAUUAUGGAUAAGAAUCUAAACAUC